CCAACUUUACACAUACGUGCAAGACAAGCAACAGGGAGACCUUCCGACCGAAAAGGAGACCGCCAAACACCAUAUGUAUACGCAGCGGCAUUCCCCAUUUGGCGUUAGUCGAAGAAGCACGUGCGACGAUUUGUGCUCAAAACUCCCAUUUCGUGAAUGAAUUGUGCUCCACAGCCGAGGAUGCGGUAUUUCCUUUUCAUUUUAUUGCUGUCUGGGGCCCUCACGGCCUCCGAUUCGACCGCCCCCCGGAAGCACGAGUUGUUUACUAAAUUGGGGCUCACCCGGGUGAAGGCCCCCAACACCCACCACCGCAAGCGUCUGGCGGUGGAGUCCCGCCACCAUACACGAUCCGACGACUCCCAUAUGUACGUCAUUAAGCUGCCCCCCAACCCCCAUUAUUACGCCCACAAUGAGAUUCCCAACUCCAUCCCCCGGAAAAACAUCCCUGUUAGUUUCAAAAGUAACGGAAAGCCGGCUAAAGUCUACCACUGGAACAUCCCCGUCAUUAAGAAGAUCGUCAACACUAAACAUAAAAGUCGAAACAGCGACAGCAACGAGAUCGAUUUCCAAAACGAGGUGUUUGAUAAGUCUGAGGAGAGGAAGCCGGUGAAGGCGACGUUUUAUGUGCCGGCCAAACCGAAGAAGGCCUCGUUUAUGAAGUACUUCCCCGGGAACGGGAAAUUGCACUCGUUUUAUGUCAUCGAGAGCAGCAAGAAGGCGCAUUAUCACAGGCUGUUGCCGUGAGAGGAGAGGGAAAGUGUGCAAUAAAUAAAACGAGUCGGGGAGACUGAUUUUGGGCUUUUAUUUUCAGUUUUGUAUUAAUUAUGUAUUCCUUAUUGUUUAUAUUAUUAAAGACAUUUUAUUAAGAA